AUGUGAUAAUGGUAAGGAAAUCAAAUGUUAUCUGAUAGACAAAAGUCUUUUGAUAGUCUGUAUUAUUUGGAAAUCUAGCAAAAUGCAAACAAUUAAUUUGCAUAAAUGGGAAACCAUCCUGCCAUCUCGCGCAUGCGCAUUGGUCUCCAUAGUAACGCUCGGUAAAUCUGGAGCCCUCCCUCUGGAAAUGUUGUGGAACGUCGUGCAAAACUGCUGAAAUAAACUCGGAUUUGGGACGUUUCUGGAUUUUAAGAGGCGAUUCCUGCUCUUCUUACUGGAGACAUGGAUGCUGCAGGAACUCUCGAGUUACAGUGGGCACAAGGCUACAAUGGUACCUCAGCACAGUACAUUGAUGCCAAGACCCUGGUCCAUGCCUGCGGCAGCACUGUCAAGUUCAUUGACACGGAAUCCAAGCAGGAGACGGUGUUCCCCACCCCUGGGGAAGGGGUCGGCCCUCUUGCGGUCAACAGCAACUUUGGCGUCUUCGGGUUUAGCGAGCUGUGUCCUCAGCCGAGAAUCUUUGUGUACCAGUACCCAGGCUUCUUACAACAGGCUGUCUUGAAAGAUGGAAAGGGUGCCCAGCUGGAGUACCUGUCCAUCAGCUUCUCUGCUGGCUACCACCUGGCCACUUACUCAGGAGUGCCUGACCAUUCUGUCGCUGUGUGGAACUGGCAUAACGGCACCAUUCUGUGCAGCCAGUCGGUGUCGCACCCCCCUCCCCAGGCCAGCCUCACUGUCAGCCCGACCAACUGGAGACAGCUGUGUCUGCUGGGAGAGAAGCACCUGUCUGUGUGGCAGGUGGAACAGUGCAACAAAACAUUCCUUCUCCGCUCAACGAAGGUGAACCUCCCAGCAGAAGAUGGCACCCUCCCCGAGCGCGAGAACCUGAACGAGGCUCCCAUCCACCGGCCGAUCCACAUCACGGGCGCCAACACGGAGAUCAAGAUGACGCGCGCCGCCAUCGCGGGAGUGGUGGGUGAGAACGCUGAGAACCUAGACGUGGGCGAGGACGUGAAGCGGAGAGUGAAGCUGGUGUCUCAGUGCUGGAGCCCCGGGGGGGACAUCUACGUAGGGUGUGCUGGGGGACAGCUCAUGAAGAUUGAAGCUGACACACACAAAGUAAAGAUCCUGCUGAAGCCAGAGAUGGGCCUCCUGUCGCGGGAGUCAAGCGCCAUCCUCCCUCAGGCUGCUGGGUCACUGGAGGACCUGCACAGGGGAACGUCGCUCACAGAGGGCAUCCCAGAAGAACCAGCAGCUGAGGAAAGCCAACAACAAGAGAAAGUAGAGGAAACCAAGCUGGAGAGAGGUGACUCCGUGUUCCUCCCCGAGGGUCUGCGUGAAGGGAGUUUAAACUGUAUAACACUGCACAAGAACGGCCUGUAUGCAGGAGGGGAGGACGGCACCCUACGACUGAUCAGCCUGGCCUCCAAAGACGGGCACCUGUCUGACGUGUACAAGGGUUCCAGUCCCAUCACCUCGCUGGGCUUCUCCGCUGACUACCAGCACCUGGCUGUGGGCACAUCAAGGGGCUCCGUACACAUCUAUGACCCAGGUGCCCCCGGAUCUGUGGCGGACCUUCUUGACGUCCAUUUUGGGAACAUGGUUGGCCUGGCUCCCCUCGGACCUGGCACCAAGCACUGUGUGACAUGCCGUGAGGAUGGUGAAGUACAGGUGUGGUCAGUUGAAGAACCCAGCCUGGUGACCUGUAUACCUGUAGGCGUGCAGGCCACUAGCCUGGUGUGCAGCCCCUCCACAGAGGUAGCAGCAGUGGGAACCAAGUCUGGACAUGUGUACUUUGUGGACCUGUCCAACCUACAGAGCCCCCGCAUCAUCUACAGACACCACAUGCACCAGGGACCGGUACUGCACCUCAUGCAUGACAGGGAAGGAAAAGUGCUGGUGACAGGUUCAGACGAUGGAUAUGUGUUCGUCAUGGACCCUCGACCAUCAACAGAGUUCAAAAUCCUGGGCUACAUAGCUGUCGCAGGAGAAAUCACCAGCGUGUCUGUGCUGAACGAGGGGAACUCUGGGUCAGGAGUCAAGGUUGCGGUCACCUCCGACCCCUCCCCUCAGGCUCGUCCGCAAGCGCCUGCGACCCAGCUGGUCAAGUUUGACCUGUCAGAUGCUGUGCUGAAAGAUCCCACCAGUGUCCACGGUAGCACCAGAUGUGACUUUACAGACGAGGGAGUUCAGAAGCAGACGUGGAAUCUGUCCGUGCCUUGUUAUGGAGCCUGCCUGGCGCCGGGGGGACUUCUGUAUGCACUAGCGCACAACAACAAGAGGAUGCAGAGGUUUAACCUGGCACAGACUAAGGGAGAGGAUGAGGAGAAUAACCACACACUCCACCCUGAUGAAGAGUACCUGAGUCAUCAGCUGCCCGGGGGUACUGUGCUGCUGACCACCCACCAGCAGUGGCUGGCCUCCUGCUCGCCUGAUGGCAGGGUGGCCGUCAGGACACUACAGCAGAUCGAACGGUGGAACGAGGUGGUGGCCCACAGUUUUGCCACAGGAGGUGUGAGGUGGAUGAGGUUCAGCACAGACAUGCAGUACCUCUUCACUAUCGGCAGGAAGGACGGCACGCUCUCCUGCUACAAGUGGAAUUUUAGCCCAGCUGGCAAGGCAGAGGCCAGUGAAGCCAUGGAGUUUGCUCGCGGCCACAACACCAAGAUGCAUAGCCUGCGCCGACUGGAGGGGGCGUCGGCCGCAACCAUGCCGGAAUGGUCCAUGGUGAAAACGGUCUCCCACACGGACUCCAGGCCUAACUCUGCCACCCAGCAGGAAGAUAAGUUGAGGAGUCGUAAGGAGGAGGCCAUGUCCAAGGACGAGAUCUUCACCACCCCCACCCCGACUCCGGCAUCCGACGCCACCUGGCUGGAGACCAAGAUACAGCAGGCCAUUCGUUUGGAGAGUCAGCAGUUCUCUGAGCUGAAGAAGGAUCUCAGGUCUCAGAUCAGGGACAUGCGCAGGACUAUCCACUCCAUGAUGGCGGAGAAUGCAGAGCGGCCUGACAUAGAGAAGCUGGACAGGUCAGAGUUCAACCUGGACACGGCGGAACAGAAGAGGAUGCAAGCCACCGCUGAUGACAGGGUUGCCGCUCUGCGGGAAGAACUGGAGUUCAAGAUGCUGGCCCUGCAGUACCUCCGCGACCUCAUCAAGAGGGAAUGCUGGGAUUCCAUGAAGGUCAAAGGUCGCAAUGUACUGGCAUUCCACACCAGCACUGAUGUGAGCAACUACCCGCUCAGAGAACGGACUAAACAGGAGAUGGAUGAAGUAGCUCGGGUCACCAGAAUUAGGAAGAUAGAAAAUGCAGAGCUUGCGGCCCGUAAGGAAGUCGUCGAAUUGACGACCAAGGCGAGCACGGGUCCGAAGACGAGCCAGGAGGAGGAACUGUUGGAUGAUGAGGAGGGAGCGGAGGGGAAGGAGGCCCCGUCUGUCACAGGCAGUCUGGCAGUGGACUAUGGAGGGGACAACGAGUACUACUACAGCCAGUUUGACCUCCACACCAGGGAACAGAAAAUCAACCAGAUUGUACUGCUGUGAAAGUAGAAAAGUAUGUCAGCCCAGAGGAGCAAAAAGUUAUCGAGCAGCAGAAAAAGAAGGAGGAAGAGCGCCGCCUAAAGGAACAGGGCGACAACGCUCGUGAACGAGGGUUGGUCGACAUGAUGGGUGGAGUCUUGGAGGUCAAGAAGGAGGACGAACUGAAACAGGAUAUCCCCAAGCCCGGGUUCGUGGCGGAGGGAAAGCCUGAGGCAGAGUGGACAGAGGAGGAGAAGAAAGCCAUGGUCGACUACGAGAAGAAGGUCAAGGAACUUACAGAAGAGAGGGAGAAAUAUCGCAAGAACCUUGAGGCAGAGCUGAAGAAGCUACAGACUCAGAACUCAGAAGGGUCAGCUUCAUUCGACGAGGCUCUCGGUCAGCUGUUCAAGAGGAAGGUCAAGACUGAGAUGGUCAUCAACCAGGAGGAGUUGAAGAUUGUACGUCUGGAGUUGUUGAUUCUGGCGGAGGAGGAGCUGGCCUGUCGUGAGGAGGAGCUCUAUCGUCUUCUGGACGUCAAGAAGGCCGCUAAAGUGGAGGCCGCGGCCCGACUGCAGGAGGCGAGAGUUGCCGUCGAACACUUCCGAGAAGAGUACGAGAAUAUCGUGGCUGAGGACAAGGUGAUGGAUCGAGCCUUCAAGAAAGACUUUGCUGAUGUCCCCGCCCAUCUUCAAGACCCACUGUACAAGGCCUUUAAGAGGAGACCAAGGGUCCAGAGAUUUCGCACCCAACUUGAUCCGGCCACAGCGGCAGCCAACCCAUUUGCAGACCGACCGCCCUCCGCCCGCGUGAGUCUCCACACGACACAGUCCCUGUACAUGGCGCUGGACGAGUUUGACGGGCCCGCCAACAUCCCCGACGGGAUCGAACCAUACGUCUGGCAGCGUCUGUGUGAAACACGGAGACUCAAGGUGGAGAAGGAACAACAGGUAAAGCAGAAGGCUCUGACGUUAGCGGAGAUGAACGCCUUCCUACAGAAGCGUACGGAGGAGGACGACAGGCUGAUGGACGAUAUUGAUGACCUCAUCACUUUACAGAACAAAUUGAGGGAGGAUAAGAUGCGGUGGAUGUUGAACCUGGAGGUACAGUUCCUACUGAAGCAGGGGCAGGUGGAGGUGGAUUCUGGGCCCUUCAUCCACGACUACAGCGACUCCAUCCUCCUGCACAGGGGCGUCAUCGAGGACCUCAACUCCAACAUCAAGACUUUGGGAGAUGCCAAGUUGCAGAUAAUGGUGGAGAGUAAGGACUUCAGGAAGGGAAUCCAUCAGCUAGAAUGGGAGAGAAGAAGAAUGCAGAUGCAGAAGUCCGACCUGGACACCAAGGCUCGAGACAUCCAGAUGUUCCGCAUGACUAAGGACCUGCAAGUGUACCUGGGUGAUGAGGACCAUUCUGCCAUGACGGCUCACCAGAUCUCUGUACUGGAGCAGACAAUCGCUUCACAGUCAAAGAACCACGAGAAGCGCGUGGAGGAGUUCGAGAGCCAGCUGAAGGAGCUGAGGAGGACGAUCCGGCGGAUGGAGGAGCAGAACCGUGGGCUGGACAGGGAGCUGGAGGAGCUCAACGUGUCCGUGUUCGAGAGGAAACACAUCAAUGAAGUCAACGCUGACGUCCGUAGCGACGCGGCGGCAGAAAAGCGAAUGGCGGACAUCGUGCAGCGGAGGAAGCUCGUGGACCUGGCAAAGGCCCAGGCGCAGGAGGUGGCCGUUCUUCGUGCUGAGGUGGAGAGACUGCGCAUGAGAACCUUCCCUGCUUUAGUGCAGGUGGAGCACUGAGGCAGUACUGUUUUACUGUUGUGUAUGUUCAUAGUAAACGAAUUAAAAACUUUACAGAUAGUUUGCUUCCAUUUGUGACUUGAAACCCACAAGACUCAUACCAGCAUCACGGAUUAGUGAUGAAAUUAUCCCAAAUCAUUAUAUAGGCUUGGUGAACUCUUGGUAGUUCGUACAUUGUAAAAGGCUGAGAAAGGUCGACAUUGUGUAUAUAAUAUAAUGUCUGCUAACAUACUUCCACCAGGUCAUAUAUACCCUUAAAAAAUGCGUCUACAGAGAUAUCCAAUGUAACAUCCCUCAGUAAAAUGCAUUCCUGUAUAUCUAAACUUUGUUUACAUGUAUCACCACUGUUUUCCAAAGUGGUGGAUUUAUGUAACCCAGUGGAUAGACUGUAAAUGGAGGUUACAGCACUGUAGUUGUGUGUGUUGACUAUUUGAGUGCUCACUCUAAUUGCAACCUUGUAAUACUCUUUCCUAAAGACUUGGAGUUUAGUAUCCUAAUGUAUAAUUGUAGUGUACACAAACAAUACCUUUACUCAAUGUUUCUGACUUAUACAUACUAGCAUAUAUUUGCUAGAUCUAGACACAUCAGCAAUUUCUUAUAAUGUCCUACAUGUAACUACUUGUUCCACUUGCGUUGUGAAGUUUGGUGAACGAAUGUUGAUUUUUUUUUAAAACUAUGCACGUUUUGUAGUGUUGUAAAUAUUGUUGGUGAAAGAAUCAAUAUAAAUGUUACUAGAUUAUCUAUUUUUUAUGUACAGCAUAAACUCACGAGGGUUUGUGAUCUUGUUUGAAAAAGAAUAAACAUUCCACACAGAA